CGAUUUUUAGUACAUUGACUGUGCGGCUUUCCUCGUUAAAUUUCUAACGCCGUCGCCGGCGAAAGGAGCCCUCAAUCGCCACCUCUCCUGCCUCAUCACUGGCCGUAUCUAUUCUCUCGCUCGACUUGCCUCGCCUCGCCUCGCCUCGCCGCCCACCUAGGGUAUUGCGUUCUCCAUGCCUGCCGAGGAGACUGCCGCGGAUGGCCCUGCCAUUCGAGCCCUGGGGGCCCUCUUCAGUCUCUCCGAAGUUUAUCUAUGGGAUGAUGCUAAGGCUAGCGAUUCGGAGGUCUCUGAUUGCAUCGUUAACUUGGAGGAGGAUGAGGAAGAACCUAUGGAAAAUAUCGAAUUAGCUCAUCACAUGGCUACUCUUGGACUCCCUGUUUCUUUUGGUACAACCAAACAGAGGAAGACAGCUACUCCAAGGAAGAGAAAGUCAGUGCUUGUGAAAUGCAAGUUAGUUUACAAUGAUACGGAAAACCAACAACCUGGACUGCUUGAAGUUGAACAGGGAAAAUAUUCUUUGCCAGAUUUUCUUCCUAAUAGCACAGACAGAACUAUUGAAGGUGAAUGUAUAGCCUCUGACAGUGACACUUUGGAGGAAAACUCCAGUGGCUGUGUUCAUGUUGAUUCUAUUCCUGGGUGUGUGAGUGAUACUUCUGUAAUGAUCAGCAAAGCUACUGAAAGUCAAGUUUGUGCCAAAAUGGUAACAUCGAACCAUAUGGUUGAUGAAAUUCAGACAAGUGGAACUGAUCUUGGGGCCGAAGACUUAUAUCAGGCCUGCAAGCUUUCACCAGAUAUUUUGGAAGAUUCAAGCUCGGGUUGUUAUCCAGCAUCACCUAGCAAACAGCAUCCUCAAAGUACUUAUGUCAACUGGGAAUUUGGUGAUUGGAUGAUAAUAUGGGAUGAUUUUUAUGGGAGGAAUUACUUUUACAACUCUAAAACUCAGGAGACGACAUGGUAUGCUCCUCCAGGAUUGGAGUAUUUGACAAACUCAGGCAGCAUAUAUACUUCUAAUGGGUUGUCUGCUGAUGCAGCUCAAGAGCAUCCAUAUUAUAGCUUUGACCAUGAUGCUGCCAAAGAUCAGGAUACAAACAUUGUAGAAGAUGGGAGUGAAGUAGCAGAACCUUUGGAAUUUGAAAAUGCAAAUAAUCUUUCCUCACAUUCCUCUGCAAAAACUGAUGAUGUUAGUGGUAUUAAUAGUUCUGCUUCGCAUCUCAAAAUAGCCACUGAUAUUGACAAACACAUGGAUAGUCUGUUGAUGCACCAUUCUGCUUCCAUCAGUGACUAUGCAAUAGAGGAGGAUGUUGUUCAACAUUCAGAUAAACUUGAAGAUAAGCCCACUUUCAAUGAGUCAUUCGAUGUGCCUGCUGAAAUAUUUCCACUCGCCAUAAGCAAUUGUUUGUCUACUUCCUCAAAUGAUGUAUGUUAUGAUAGAGGUACAGAAAAUUCUAAGGUGGAGCAGCUUGAUAAUAAUCUUGAUUCUACUGUUAUUGUCAAAAAGAAAUCGAGAGCAAGAAGCCAUAAACCUGAACCUAAAAUUCAAGCAUCAUCUGGAGACAUUUCUGCAAAUAUUUUCAAGUAUUGGUUCCAAAGGUAUUUAUUGUUUUCGCGAUAUGAUAGAGGCAUAAAGAUGGAUGAAGAAGGAUGGUUUUCUGUCACACCAGAGGCUAUUGCAAGACAUCAAGCAACUCGUUGUGGCGGUGGUAUUGUGAUUGAUUGUUUUACUGGUGUUGGUGGAAAUGCUAUCCAAUUUGCCAUGAAGAGUGAUCAUGUUAUUGCCAUCGAUAUUGAUCCGCAAAAAGUUGAGUAUGCAUAUCAUAAUUCUACUAUCUAUGGUGUUAAUCACAAGAUAGACUUCAUUCAAGGUGAUUUUUUCAAGAUAGCAGUUCAUUUGAAGGGAGAGACAGUUUUCUUAUCUCCUCCUUGGGGUGGACCUGAUUAUGUAAAAGCACAAACCUAUGAUCUCAGGACCAUGCUUAAGCCUCAUGAUGGGUUCUUUCUGUUUAAAUGUGCAACUAUGGUUGCCUCCAGAGUAGUACUGUUUCUUCCUAGAAAUGUUGACUUCAACCAGUUGGCAGACCUUUCUUUAUCAAUAGAUCCUCCUUGGAGAGUUGAGGUCGAGAAGAACAUACUGAACGGGAAGUUCAAAGCUGUUACUGCAUAUUUCAGUCGAACCUGAGCAAAAAAUACGCUACUGAAGUGGAAUCUUCAGUUUGCUUUAGCGACUGAAAGUGCACAUCGGUUUUCCUUCUACGCCCAUCCCCAACCUUCAGAUUAGCGACUGAAUGUGUUUCUAUCUCUGUAACAGGGUGUUCAGUGGCACCUUUGCUUCUGGUAGCAAAAGAAGUCAAUAUCUGCACCUGUAGAUGCAUAUAGAUUUUGUUUGUAUGAGUACGCCAAAGGAAAUUAAUAUUUGUUAGUGCCCCUAUCAGAUCAGAGUAUGAUGUUCUUUAGGGGGAAUGUAUGUUAUAUAAUAGCCAGUUACCUUUUUGUUUGCCUUGAUUUUGUUAAAAUGAUUAAAAGUUGUAUAUCUCUUACCUUUUGAGAAGCAUUAGUGAAUUUAGUUGUCUAUUUAUAUGGAUU